AUGAUAAAUGUGGUAGAAGAUAAAAUAUAUAAAGAUAAAGGAUUUAGCCAAUCGGAAAGAGCAGGGUCGUCGCCUAUUUGCCACGUACACUUCGUACGCUCCCGACAAGAGGUGAGAACAGUACUCCAUGUGGGGCCGAAUUUACCCUUACCCGGAGUAAAGUACCAUGUCGCCUUACUGAGCAUACCAAGCUUUUUGGAGACUAAUUUAGCCUUGGGAAACUCUAUUUCAAAAAGUGAUACAAGCUGUGACAAAUCAAAUGUUGCCUUAAACGAAGGAAAUGUUGGCGAAAAUGGCAACUUGCCCUGGCUGGGAGUUCUACGAGUACAUAUACAUAAAGGCACAUUAUUCCAAACAGCUGUAACUGGUAUACUAUUAGUGAAGACAAACUUCGCUAUAGCCAAUUCGGGGGAUGUCAACAGAGUGUCUAAACACGUUCUUAAAACUGAUAGCAAGGCGAUGUUUAUAACAACGAAUAAAACACCGGUCUACUACAGAAUCAACGACGUGAUGACACAUCCUGAGUACGAAUUUGAAACAUAUAAUUCUAUCGCGUUAUUGGAAUUAAUUGUAAAUAUUUUUCAUGACAAAAAUCGAAAUUUUAAACCCAUAUGUUGGCCAAACUAUAUGUACAAUACGUCAACGGAUUUGUAUGCGCUGGGUUAUACCGAUGAAAAUAAAUUAUUGGAGAAAGUUGUAUUCAAAAUGCAAUAUAUCACCCGACCAUUAUGUGAGGAGUUUUACAAUAGAGCCAAUUUAGCACAAGAAUCCUUGCCGCAAUAUCAAUGUGGUUUUGCAAUGAAUAAUACAAAAAAUUGUAAUUGGGAGAAUGGAAUGGUCUUCGCCUCGAAUUCAACCGGUACAUGGACUUUGAUUGGCUUUGGUUUACGUGGCCCAAGUUGCAGAGGACCAGUUAGAUUUUUGGACAUCUAUCCAUACCUCAAUUGGUUUAAAGCUGCCACAGAUCUUAUUGUGGCCAGAUACGAAAAAUAAUGUAAAUAUGUGUAAAUCAAAACAGUUAUU